CGAGGACGAAGUUGUUGGUGUCUCACAAUUAUCCAACCCCACUCACCCUUCUAUCAAUUUCUUAAAUAAUUUUUUUUUGGGGUUUUUACAGGGUUUGUGUGUAUUUUCCCAUACAUUUUCUGUACAUAUUAUAUAUCAUUGACACAUUCAAGCCUCUGAAAGACAAAUCAUUCAAUCCAUGGCUAACGCCAGAACUGAUAAAGAAGCUCUCAAUAGCAUCUCACUUGAUCUUCCACCUCUUCUGAUUCAUAAGGUUGAACAAACAAGUGAAAUAAUAGAAGUUACAACAACAAAUGAAAUAACCGAAGUGGGUGCAUCCAAUCAACAUUCAAAACCACAACACCUCAUCUUGGAGAUACCAGAAAGAACAUUUAAUAACACCUCUAUCGAAGAUGAUGUCAGCAUGAACACACCAUUAACACCACAAAGAACUCCAAAACGAGUAAACUUUUCCCCAAUGCCUAGCCCUACUUACGUUUAUACCAAACUCAAUGAAUCAUCAUCAAGCCCUUCAUCAUCCAGAGGUAAAUCCAUCAAAUCCCUCCUUCCUAAGAUAAGUUUCAAAUUCAAAAACAGAACUUCAGAGAUCGAAAAGGCUGCAAUCCUAGCCCUUGGUGGCUCACCAUCAGAGAUAAGAGGAAGGGCAAAAAUGUCAAGAAAUUUAUCUUUUACAAAACUAUUCACCCCAAGAAUGAAUAGAACGUCAUCUUUACCCGUAACUCCAAUCACCCACUCAAAUCCAGAGUCUGUGCAUGGUAGAAACACCAUAGAAAAAGUUUUGAUUGAUCGGGGUAUGCAUCGUUCAAAUUCUGUUCCUGCUUUGAUUAAAGAUGAAAGCGUCACACAAAUAGAGUCUUUAGGUGGAGUGUUUCGGAUAAUUCCAACUACAACAAAAGUUUCACAAGGAACUCAUCUCACCAUAAAUGUCGAUCCUACAGUUGAACCUGAUGGAAAUGGUGAUGAACGAAAGGCUGAGGAUAUCAGAGAAGAAGAAGCUGUUUGUAGAAUCUGUAUGGUUGAACUACAAGAAGGUGUUGAUGAUACCCUAAAAAUGGAGUGCAACUGCAAAGGGGAAUUAGCUUUGGCUCAUAAAGAAUGUGCAAUAAAAUGGUUUAGCAUCAAAGGGAAUAAAACUUGUGAGGUUUGUAAGCAAGAAGUCAAGAAUCUCCCUGUAACUCUUUUAAGAAUUCAAAGAUCUCAAAGCCAUGGUUUGAAUGGAAAUGGAGGUAUGAAUGAGUAUGAAGGAGUUCGAUACAGCAGGGUGUGGCAGGAUGUGCCUGUUCUUGUGAUUGUCAGCAUGCUUGCUUACUUUUGCUUCUUGGAACAACUUUUGGUUAACAAAAUGGGAUCUGGUGCAAUUGCUAUAUCUCUUCCUUUUUCUUGCAUAUUGGGUCUCCUCGCUUCCAUGACAUCAACAACAAUGGUGAAAAGACGAUAUGCAUGGAUCUAUGCAACAAUUCAGUUUGCUCUUGUGGUUGCUUUUGCUCAUGUUUUCUACUCAAAGCUUAAUGUGACUGGUGUUCUAUCGGUUUUGCUUGCUACAUUUGCUGGAUUUGGUGGUGCAAUGUGUGGGACUUCAAUUAUUUACGAGUUCUUGAAAUGGCGGGGAAGGUGGCAUGACUGGUCAAACCAACCUCCAGCACCAGAGGAGCCGCCACAACAAGGUGGUUCACCGGAGACAACACAGCCAGAGCAGCCUACAGUAUCCGGUCAAACCGGCGAGUCUAGUCAACACUCUAGACCAUAAUAAAGCUUUUGAUUGUAAAAGCAAAGUUUGUCGUAAUGUGUAUAUGGAAUAAAAAUAAUAUAAACAGUCUUUUAAGAACUUAAAA